GUGACAGAAUCCAUAUUCAAAUUUCCUGCGAAAUAUCGUCGACCAAUUGGGCGCAAACAUGCGGCGGCAUGCGCGCGAACCUGAUUAUAUGAAAAUCCCUCCACUUCCGAUUCACGAAUUCAGAAGGAUCGAAUCGAGAGGCCCUUAUUUCAUACCAGAGUUGGCCGCGAACAGGAGGUGCACCGACAAAUUCUUUGACGUCAUUUUUUUCAUCAACGUGUCUUUUCUGGUAGUGUUUACUGUUGUCGUUAUCUGGGACAAGAAUUUAACUUAUGGUUUGUACGGACAAGAUGCCUGCGGUAACGUGUGCGGAAUAAAAAAUGUUUACAUUACAAAUAUGAGCGAAGGGUGCAAGGUUACAGAUUAUACAGAUUACCCAAUUUUCUUGUAUGAAAAGAAUAGGGGUAUGUGUAUUAGAGAGGAGGAUUGUAAAGCACCCGAAAAAAAGCUGGUUCAUCGAAGAUGUUUUCCUGAAAAUAUGGAACGUUCCAGACUUGAGAGACUUCUUUAUGAAACUCUUGUGCACUCUUUGGAAUCUAUGUCUACAAUUCUUGCCAUGAUGUUAGUUGCCUUGUUCCUUUGUCUCCUAAUGUACCUCUGUUACUUGAUAAACGCACACAUUACAAGUAUGACCCUCACGUUCGCAGGAAUAAUUUUCGUGACACUCAUAUCGAUAAACAGCUGGUUCCUCUUUUUCAAGUAUUACAAGAUAGUUUACAUGUUACCGAGCGUGUUAACCCUGAUCUACUUGGCAGCCGUGGUCAUAGUCCUGAUUCUCGUCGGUGACUCCUUCACUUUGGUCAUUGGUCUUUACGCGCAAGCCAUAAAAAUGAUACGUAAAGCCCCAGUACUGCUAUUCCAACCCUUGAUUAGCAUCGCGUUCGUGUUCGCCGUGGACGCGGCACUGGUUUACAUGAUAUUAGUGUUACAAUUCUGUGCGGACAACGUCAAACUCGCGCACAUGAGUUAUCACACUUGGUACGCAGUGUUCUUGUUUUUGAUGGUUUACUGGCUUCACGGAAUGGCCAACGGGUGUCAGUGUAUGAUAGUCGCAGGAGUGACCGCUGCACACUUCUUCACCAGAGAAGAACCUCCGCACUGCGCGUACCUCAGGAGCGUAUGGGUGACCUUAAGGUACCACCUUGGCAGCGUCGGGGCUGGAUCCUGCGUCCUUACCUUCGUGCGCAUAUUUAUGCCCAUCGCCACUUGUUUUGAGAACAACAAAAUUUGCUUUGUGCUUUUCAACCAGUGCUGCGAGCUCGUGAAAGCGCACGCUUCGUACUUCACCAAGAAAGCUUACAUUAUGACAGCUCUUCACGGCAGAAGUCUCCAUCCGUCUGGUCUAAGAACUGCUAGACUGGUGUGGUUGUUUAUGUGCGACAUCAUCGCCAUCGACAAUCUAGCUUGUACUUGCAUGCACAUGGCCUCCUUCUUCUUCUUGCUUUGCAGUUUACUCGUCUUUACCUUAAUGACCGCUCAACUGGAGCUAGCGUCCGGCGCCAGACUUGCAGUGAUUGUGUUGAUAUUCUCUGGUACGAUAACGUUUUUCUACGUGUCGCUGAUGAACACCGUCGUCGAAACUCUUAUCGUAUGUUUCUGCGAAGACAGACAUAUGAAUGACGGUAGCCGCUACAAUCCGUACUAUAUGAGCUCGGAGUUGUUCGGUUUGAUGAUCGAUGCUCUUGAGCUGGCCUACAAGGAGACUCAGACUCAAGAAGAUUCGUGAAUUAUAGGUCGCCAGAAUUUUUAAGUUGGGUCGA